UCCAGGCCCGUCUUCUUUUAUUGAACAAGACGGAAGGGUUGGACUCACUCUUCCUCACUCCGCUCCGUCUCCUCUUUCCCUUUCCGAAACGCUAUAAACCCUGUGGAAAAAUUGAUAUUUGGAGCUCGAUCGCUGAGUUGCUCCAGUUCGCCAGAGCAAAUUGUCAUUAGCCUCCGGGGAGGUUUUCCUUUUUAAGCGAAGUCUUCCUUGUUUUUUUUUUUGUGUUUUUGGUUAGGGUUUUUUUAGAGGCGGCGAGUAGUACCGAGGAUGGAGAAGAAGCAGGGAUUCUUUUCGGCGCUGAGGGAGGAGGUUGCGAGGGGACUGUCUCCGUCACGGUCGCGGGGGAGGUCGAGGUCGGAGAGCCCGCGGCGGAGCUCGUCGCCGGUGGCGGAGCUACUGUCGUUCUCUCGGCGGUGGAGGCGGCGCGGGAUCGCGGGGGAACUCGCGGUGCCGAGAUCCGGGAGUCUGACACCGCUGAUGGAGGGGCCGGAACACGGGGAGGGAGAGGAUGCGAAGAAGGAGCGUGGGUGGGGACAGUGGGUCAAGGACCAGCUGUCGCGUGCGCCGUCCGUCUCAGUCUCCGCUGCCUCCUUCCGACGACCGGAUCUACGGUUGCUGCUCGGCGUCAUGGCGGCUCCCCUCGCCCCUAUCCAUGCUUGCUCCACCGACCCGCUUCCUCACCUCAGCAUUAAGGAUACUCCCAUUGAGACCUCUUCAGCACAGUACAUCCUUCAGCAGUACAUUGCUGCAUCAGGAGGUCUCAAGCUGCUCAGUUCCAUUAGGAAUACAUAUGCAAUGGGGAAGGUGCGGAUGGUGGCUACCGAGUUUGAGACUGCAACCAGGGUCAUAAAAAACAGGGGCGCAACAAGGGAUGCUGAGUCUGGUGGAUUUGUUCUCUGGCAGAUGGUACCUGAGAUGUGGUAUGUUGAGCUCUCUGUAGGUGGCAAUAAGGUCCAUGCGGGUUGUAACGGCAAGCUAGUUUGGCGGCACACACCAUGGCUAGGUGCUCAUGCUGCCAAGGGUCCCAUUCGUCCCCUUCGUAGAGCUCUUCAGGGUCUUGAUCCACUGACCACAGCUAGCAUGUUUGCUAAUACUCGAUGUAUCGGGGAGAAAAAGAUCAACGGUGAGGAUUGCUUCAUCCUCAAGCUCUGUGCAGAUCCAGAUACACUUAGGUCCAGGAGCGAAGGGGCUGCUGAGGUUAUUAGGCAUGUCUUGUUCGGCUACUUUAGCCAGAAAACUGGGCUUCUCCUCCAUAUCGAGGACUCGCAUCUGACUCGGAUUCAGCCAAGUUCUGGUGGGGAUGCAGUUUAUUGGGAAACCUCAAUCAACUCCUUCCUAGAUGACUACCGUCCUGUCGAAGGCAUGAUGAUUGCGCAUUCUGGCCAUUCAGUUGUGACUCUCUUUCGGUUUGGUGAAGUGGUCAUGAGCCAUUCAAAGACCAGGAUGGAAGAGGCUUGGACUAUUGAAGAGGUGGCUUUUAAUGUUGCUGGCCUUUCCAUGGACUGUUUUAUCCCUCCAGCAGACAUAAAACGCGAGUCGAUUAGUGAGGCUUGCGAGCUACCUAAAAGGGAGAGGGGGAAGAGCAUCAUGGUUGGUGGUCAUCGGGCUAAGAUUGCAGCAUUGGGGAAAUUCAAUGAUACUGCUGACGGUUAAAACUUAAUGCUAUUGCUGCUUAAGAUUUGAAGCGAGCAUAAUUGUCUAUAUCGGACUGGACUGGUAGUUCCUUCAUCUUGACUGACCAUGAAAUUAAUAUAGGUAUGCAGAGGCUAAUUUCUAGGUGAUUAAGUUUACUUAUGGAGAUGCCCUUCGUAAUGUGGGUCAUCAUUGUUCAAUGCUCUUUAAUACACAGAGUAUUGAUUAUCCGAUCCUCCACCAGUGGGGCUUGGUGGAUCCUUUCAAAGGAUAGUAGGGUCUUAGGUUGAUAAACCUGUUUUUUUAUUUUGGUUUGUCAGUUAUGCCGAAUGUGCUUUGGGGAUUCUGUAUUUUUUUUUUUUUGGUUGUAAUAGGGUGAUGCUUCCGUUCCUGAAAGGAGAGGAUGGUGCUAAUUAAUAUUGCUGUUGUAAUUGUUGUUUCUUCCCGUGAAAAGCCUAUUUUUCCAGUGGCAACAAGAACUUUGCUUCAUUUUUUUU